AUGAAAAUGGCGGAAGUCGACUCCGAAUCUUUAUAAAUGUCCUUUUAAUGCCUAUCCUAAUGUUUCAUGCUUUAUAUCUAUGUUUCACUGACUUUACUCGAUAUUUUUAUGCAUUCAGUUGAAAGAGAAGUACAUAUUUGUGUGACACUGAGUAGUUUUACACAUUUUGCCUUGUUGAGUCACCUGUGACACUGUUGUGUUUAUUAUUGUGUUGAUUUAAAUGACAAACAAAAUGACGUCGUGAAUGAUGGCGGAUAAAAAAGAUAAACGCAAUAGCUUUCUGUCCUUCAAGUCAAAGCCCAAGGACAAGAAGGAUAAGAAGCCAACAGCCACUCUGCCAACUGGGCAGCGGCUUCCCUCAUUCACAGAGGAGGCAAAUGGACAGAACAAUGGCCCGCCUGCGCAGGUGGUCAUCGACCGUAUGUCCAAUGAGGAGGUGUUGGAGAAGUUUGAACUUAUGCUGGACGACAUGAACCUUUCCAACGAGAAGAAGGCGCCACUGCGGGACCGGGACUUCAGUUUCAAGCGUCACAUGCUUGUCAUGCAGUACAAGGCUCCUACCUCUGGUACACUGGACUCGCCCUCCAGUUUUGUAACGGAGCUGCGGAAUGCAGACCUGAAAGGGGAAAAGCGACUGCGAGUGCUUGAGUCCCUCCGCGUAUCCCUUACCAGCAACCCCAUCAGCUGGGUGGAGGAGUUUGGGGUGAAUGGACUGAACGCCAUCCUGCGGAACCUCACAUACUGCUGUGACUCGAAGCAGAACCCUAACCAACCAUUCAGCAAAGUAGAGAGGAAAGCCACCUAUGAGUGUGUUCGUUGUUUAAAGGCCUACAUGAACAACACAUUUGGACUGAUGGAGAUAAUCAAACAUGAGGAGGCCCUGACCAUCCUCUCUCGGACAGUGGACCCUUCUGACCCCAACACCAUGUUGGAGGCUGUCCGUCUGCUGGCUGCUGUCUGCUUGGUCCCUCCCAAUGGUCAUGAGAAGGCGCUGGAGGGUAUCACAGUGUGUGGAGAGAUUCGAAACCAGGAACGGUUUGUUCCUAUUAUCAUGGGGCUCGGUAUGCGGGACAACCAGCCAAUGCAGGUCGCAUGUAUACAGCUCGUCAAUGCCCUCGUGUCCACGCCAGACGACCUAGACUUCCGGUUUCACCUUAGGAACGAGAUCAUGAGGACAGGUCUUGUUGAUCUGUUAGUUUUGCCCAUGUUUGCUGUUGGGAAGGGAAAGACUUUGGAGACCCCCACGGACAAUGAGCUGCAGACCCAUCUGAACAUUUUCCAUGAACACACAGACGAAGACUAUGAGGAAUUCUCCCACAGAUACGACAGUGCACGCAUUGAGUUUGAUGAUCCUGAGCAAUGCUUCCAUCUGAUAAACAAUACUGUACGAGACACAGUCGCUGGACCGUACUUCAUCUCCAUACUUCAGCAUCUGCUGUGUGUCCGUGAUGACCUAUAUGCAAGGCCGCAGUACUAUAAGCUAAUUGAGGAGUGCGUCACCCAGAUAGUUCUCCAUCGCAGUGGGGUGGACCCAGACUUUCGGGGAACCAAAAGAUUUGACAUUGAUGUGGAACCUCUUCUCAAUACUCUGUCAGAGAAAUCAAAGGUGGAGGACAAUGAGGUGUCUAUUGUGGAGAUGAAUUCCAAGCUGGAUAAUGCCAUCACAGCAAAGCAGGAGUCUGAGGCCAAGGUCGUCACCAUGGAAACCAAAAUGAAGGCUUAUGAAUCAGAGCUGACUGCUCUCAGAGAAAAGCUUACCCACACUGAAAAGAUAAAAAAUGAGCAGAAAGCUGCGCUGGAGGAGAAAAUCAAACAGCAGGAGGCUGUCGCUCACGUUGCGCCGCCGGCGAAGACGGUGAACAUUGUCUGCCCUAAGUGUGAGGCAGCAAGUAAAAGUUCGGACGCUGAUGUGAUUAAGGAUGGUGUAGGCAGUCAAAUCUCAUCUGUGAUAUCUAAGGGCCCAGGGGGUGGACCCCCUGCCCCUCCCCCUCCUCCCCCACCCCCUGGUGGAGGGCCACCUCCUCCACCACCCCCACCCCCAUUCCCUGGGGGUGCACCUGUCCCUCCCCCACCCCCUCCUCCACCAGGUGGGGGCAUUCCUCCACCCCCUCCCUUCCCAGGUGGAGGUCCUCCUCCUCCUCCCCCACCACCUGGUGGGGGACCACCUGGGCCACCACCACCCCCAGGCAUGGGGCCUCCAUCCUUCAUGUCCCCUGUGUCUAAAGCCUUGCCCUAUGGGAUGCAGCCCAAGAAGAAGUAUGCGGUUAAACAGCCUAUGAAGAGAGCCAACUGGAAAAAGGUUGAGGCAAAACAGCUGGACAAAAACUCAUUCUGGGUUCAGGCCAAAGAGGACAAGUUUGAGGAUGAGGAUAUCUUUGCCGAGCUCAGGGACAACUUCUCUACCAAGGCUGCCAAGGUUAAUGUUGCCUCUGAGAUGAAUCCAGACAAACCAGUUAAAAAGGGCAAGGAGCUUAAAGUACUAGAUCCCAAGGCAGGACAAAAUCUGUCUAUCCUGUUGGGCUCAAUCAAGGUUCCGUACAAAGAGCUUCAUCGUCGUAUCGUAGAGAUGGAUGAGGAGAAUCUGACGCCAGAGAUGGUGGAGCAGCUGCUGAAAUACAUGCCCGACCCCGAGUCCCUCAACCAGCUGGCCGGCCUCAAGGACCAGUACGACUCCCUCUCUGAGCCAGAACAAUUCUGUGUUGUUAUAUCAUCCAUAAAGAAGGUGGUUCAACGCCUGAGUGCGAUGCUGUUCAAGAUGAGGUUUGCAGAAAGUAUAAGUGACAUCAAACCAGACCUGGUAAACUCACGUGAGGCAAUCGAGGAAAUCAGAUCUAGCUCCAAGUUCCAGCGCACAUUGGAGCUAAUCCUCCUCAUUGGCAAUUACCUCAACACAGGAUCAAGAAACGAGCAGUCAAUAGGAUUUGAUAUCAACUUCCUCUCCAAGCUUGGGAAUACGAAAGCCCAGGAUGGCAAAUCCACUCUGCUCCACUUUAUCGCCAACAUUGCUGAAUCAAAACACCCUGACAUUAUCAACUUUCCCGAGGAACUGACACACCUUGACAAGGCUGCCAGAGUGUCAGACGAACAGGUGAAGAAGAACAUCAAGGGGAUGGAGAAACAGUUCAAGCAGCUAGAGACUGACCUCAAGAGCAUCAAGAAGUCAGUCGAGGACAAGGACCGGUUUGCAGACGUCAUGAAUCAGUUUCUAGGAGAUGCAUAUGGGCAGUUUGAGGUAUUACAGACGAUGCACCAACAGCUGGAAACCAUGUUCCAGGAUAUUGCAAAGUUCUAUGCCUUCGACCCUAAGAAAUACAGCAUGGAGGAGUUCUUCCAGGACAUCAAGACUUUCAAGGAUGGCUUCACACAUGCGGUGCAGGAUAACCGUAAAAUCCGUGAGACUCAGGAGAAGAUACGGCGGGCCAAGGAAGCAAAGGAGAAGACCGAGAGGGAGAAACAGGCACGGCAGGCAAGACAGAGAGCCAUUGUGGAUAUCACUACAGACGAGAACCAGGAGGGUGUGAUGGACAACUUAUUGGAGGCCCUCAAGACCGGGUCCGCUUUCAAUGUGGGGCGUGAAAAACGGGAUGGCAAACGACGGACACCACGUGCAGCUGGAGGAGACUGGAAGCAAUCCGCAGCAGCUGAACGACGUGCUCAACUUUCAAGAUCCCGAUCUCGCACAAACCUCUUCAAUGUAGAGAAUUCAGUGACCCGUGAAAUAUCAUUUGAGGACACGCUUACAGACUCUCCUGUGGCCAAACCUAGCUCCGGUCGCCGCGGCAGCAACCAUGAACAAGGAGAUGAAUCUGAUGCUGAAAAACUGUUGGCACGGUUACGUGCAUUGUGAUUGGUUGCCAUGGUGACAUGAUGCUGCGUUACAGAAUGUGAUAAGAGGGUCUAGAUUUGUGAUACAGUAACUGAUGUCUGGAUUUGCUAGUUAAUCCAUCGCUUAGUGUGCACAUGUGUUCAGUAACUACUUUAACUUUAGCUAAUCUAGGCAUAAUGUCAAAAGUGAUGAAAUCUGUUUUUAGUGUUUCAUGUGUGUGAUGAAUUACAGGACUUGUGUCAGGGUGGGACCAUAUAACACAUUAUACUCGCUCAUUAUACAUUUUUAUGUAUUUGUUUAUGCUCAUAUUAGACUUAAAGCAAAAAUGGCAAAUGUCAGUAGAUUGAUGUAUUUAACCUUUCAUACAUUUGAAAGAGUUUAUGCAGCCUAGUCAACAAUGUACAUUAAAAUUGAAUGAAAUUUAAUUUAAGGUCUGGUCAAACUCAAAAUUUACUAGACUGGUUUGGCUGUAUGAAAUAUACUUAAGCAUUAGAUAGGGGUAAACCUUCGUAUUAAAGAUUCAACAUCUUGCUGUGGCCAGAUGUCAGUUAUGAUUGAUUUCUAUAUCUGCUAUUCAGAAACAUGUUCCCAUGUCUGUACAUGUCUGUCCCUUUUUAGCUCACCUGAGCACGAAGUGCUCAAGGUGAGCUAUUGUGAUCACCGUGUCCGUCGUCAACAAUUUGACUGUUAACAAUCUAGAGGUCACAAUUUGGGCACAAUGUUAAUUUAACUUGGUCAGAAUGUUACUCUCAAUAAAAUCUUGGACGACUUUAAUAUUGGGUCAUCUGGGGUUAAAAAUUAGGUCACCAGGUCAAGUUAAAGGAAAAGCUUGUUAACUCUAUCGAGGUCACAUUUAUGACUGUAUCUUCAGGAAACUUGGUCAGAAUAUUAAUAUAAAUAAUCUCUAGGUCAAGUUCGAAUCUGGGUCAUGUGCUGUCAAAAACUAGGUCACCAGGUCAAAUUGAAGGAAAAGCUAGUUAACACUCUGGAGGUCACAUUAAUGACUGUAUCUUCAUGAAAGUUGGUCAAAAUGUUUAUAUUAAUAAUCUUGAAGUCAAGAUAAAAUCUGGGUCAUGUGUGGUCAAAAACUAGGUCAUAAGGUCAAAUCAUAGAAAAAGCUUGUUAGCACUUUAGAGGUCACAUUUAUGACUGUAUGUUCAUGAAACUUAGUCAGAAUGUUUAUAUUGAUUAGCUCUAGGCCAGGUUCAAAUCUGGGUUAUGUGCGGUCAAAAACUAGGUCACCAGGUCAAAUUUAAGAAAAAGCUUGGUAACACUCUAGAGGUCACAUUUAUGACUGUAUCUUCAUGAAAGUUGUUCAGAAUGUUUAUAUUAAUAAUCGCUAAGUUAAGUUUGAAUCUGGGUCGUGUGUGGACAAAAACUAGGUCAUUAGGUCAAAUCAUAGGAAAAGCUUGUUAGCACUCUAGAGGUCACAUUUAUGACUGUGUGUUCAUGAAACUAAGUUAGAAUGUUAAUAUUAAUAAGCUCUAGGCCAGGUUCGAAUCUGGGUCAUGUGUGGUCAAAAACUAGGUCACCAGGUCAAAUAAUAGGAAAAGCAUGUUAACACUCUAGAGGCCACAUUUAUGACCAUAUGUACGUGGAACUUGAUCAGAAUGUUAUUCUCGAUGAUCCUUAGGUAGAGUUUGAAACUGGGUAAUGAGAGGUCAAAAGCCAGGCCACUAGGUCAAAUCAUAGAAAAACUUUGUAAACACUGUAGAGGUUACAUUCUCUCUUUGAUCACCAUGAAACUAUGUCAGAAUGUUUGUGUUUAUGAAGUCUAUGUCAAGUUUGAAACUGGGUAACCUGAGUUCAAAAACUAGGUCACAAAGUCAAAUCAUUGAAAACAUUGUUAAAACACUGUUGAGGCCAUAUUUUCUACUUUAUCUAUAUGAAACCUGGUCAGAAUGUACUUAUUACAGCAAGGAUUUGGUGAGCGAUACAGGGCCUUCAGGGCCCUCUUGUUAAAAUAACUACGUAUAGUAUAUUAUAGUUUGCAUAAUGUGCAAAUAAGCAUUUUUUAAAAUGUGUAGAUAAUUCAUUAGCAAUAAAAUUACCCAUGCCAUUAUGAAAUCUUCAAAUACAUAUUGAUUAAUAUCAAAAGUGUAUUAAGUAUCGGUCAGUUUCCAAUCAAUUGUGGAGUUUUCAUUCCAUAUUGUAAACAUUCAUUCCUAGAGAUGUUAUAUCCAAGAGUCAGUUUAUUUUUGUAAGGUUUUAAUGUUGUGCUCUCUGUUACAGUUUUAAAAAAUUUCGCAUACAUAAAUCUAAAUCUAAAUCUAUGAUGUUCACCCUGUUGGAUUUAAAAGAAACCGUUUAUUUAAAAUAUUUUGGUGCUGAUUAUGUGAUGUCAUUUUCUUUUAAUGUGGUCAUUAAUGUAUACAUCUAAAACUAUUAAUUGUAUAUAAUUCCUAUCAUCUGCUAUUUAUUUCUGUAUAUCUGUUGUAUAAUUUGUAUAUAAGUUUUAAGAUUGUUGUAGAUAUUGUACAGGAUUUUAUGUCUGCUUAGUACACCAAAUGUAAUCGCCUGUCUGUUUGUAUGGAAGGUUUGACAUAUUUGUUGUUUAACGAAGAUGCUAAAGUAAAAGGGUCAUUAUUACAACACAGUUAAUUAAAGCUGAAAACUUUAACCGAGUUCAUUAAUAUUUCAUCUGAGGAACAUCUGUUACAACUACCGGCACUAUUAUAAAUGUAGUAUAAACAAAAAGAGACAGACCAGUGGACUGGUAAUAUGUUUGAUUAAAAUAAUCCUUAUAAGAGCAGGCUUUUGAACUAUUUUUAUUACUCAAAAACUUAAUUUUAUAUACAUACUAAGUGCAAUGUCAACACAUUUAUGAUCUGCAUUUCAUUUAUUUGUAGAAGUAUUUAAACUAGCUUUUCAUUCAAAACUUCUGCUGCAAGAAGUUGUUUAACAUGUUUGUUUCUAUUCUAAUACAAGCAUGUCUUCCUUUCAGUAAGCAUUACUAAAUGACAUCUUUCUUUAGUGCUUUAUACAUUCCAUGUAUGUGUGGUGUUACAGAGUCAUAGAGUUUAUAAGUUAAUUACAAGGCCCAUCCCUACUCACUAAGGUCGAGUCUGAGUUUGAGACUUACGACUCAAAUUAUUUUUUUCUUUCACAAGAGUAGAAUGUGCUGUAUCCGUUUCAAGUUACUUGUUUCAUAAUUUUUUUUUACAUCUUUUGUUCAAAACAAAUAUGCAAUAUAUUUUGUGGCAUUUAAGAAUUAGUUUUUCUGAUUCUCAGACUCAAGAGUGAUUAUGGACGCAUGAGUAACUAUGCAGAUGUAUGGCUGAAUGUUGUUUCCACAUUUGACAUGUGUUCUUACCUGUACACUGUUUAUUCAAGCUAGAGUUUUUGCAUUGAUAUUUGUUAAGUUUUUGUUUGCGGACAUAUGCUUCUUCUGUUUUAUUUUGAUUACUUUCAGGAUUUAUUUUGAUGAAGUUUAAUUUUAUUUUUCAUCUUUUCUCGAUACUAAAUCACGGAGACAGUAGGUUGAUUUCAAAUGUGACUACAUCUCCUGGCCCCAAUUUCUCCAAACAUCUUAAGUCUCUUAUAACAUGAUCAAGCUCAGCACGCUAUUUUUGAUUUGGAAUAAAUUUUGUAACAUUCUCUUUUUUAAGAGUUUUGUGGCUUUUAAAGUAAAUAAUAAUUAAGAUCAAUAAGAUAAACUAAUUUUUGUUUUAUAAAAUCAUGUUUAAGUAAGCUUCAUGCUAAAUGAAGAAAGAUAAUGAAGUGAGUAACACUUAAGAAUUUGAGAAAUUGAGGCCAUAUUGUUACUGGUAUUCUUUCUUAUGUUUACAUACAAUGAUUUAUGUUAAUUUUACUUAUUAGAAUUAGUCUUCCACUUUUUUGUGUGUUUUUUUCUUUGACUUCUUUUCAAUGAACACAAAAAGUAUGCAUCACUUAUAAUAACAUAAGUGUGUGUCUGUCUGCAAGUCUGCAAAAAUAAUAGACAACAGAAUCUGUCAAAUGGUAGUUGAAUGCGCGAUCAUGCUCGAUUUGUGUUUACCUAGAUAAUAUUUGAAAUAUGUUAUACUCUUGACAGCUGUUUUCUUAAUUAUCAUAUUGAUAACUGAAAUAUGGACGGUGUAUGGGCAUUAGUAAAUGGCUGAAUGUAACUAAUUAUUUUAAGGGGGGGUAUAUAUCUUUACUUUUGUUUUUAAUUGACAUAUUAUUUAGUUGUUUUGCAGAUUUGAAACUUAUUGUAUUUUAUCACUGCUAUUAAACAAGCUUAUAUGUAAUGACAAAUAAAUAAAACAAAACUGA